UUAUAGAGAUUAUCCUGAAUAUAAUGCUUACAGUACUCCAUCAUACUUCAGCUCUGACUGGUUAAAUGAAUUCUGUGAACAUGAAAAUGAUGAUUACCAGUUUGUAUAUAUGGGCCCUAAAGGAACAUGGACACCAUUGCAUGCUGACGUAUUUGGCUCUUACAGCUGGUCUGCUAAUGUUUGUGGUCGUAAGAAGUGGCUAUUAUUUCCUCCAGGGACGGAAGAACUAUUACUAGAUGACACAAAGAAAAUACCGUAUUCUGUAAAUGAAAAAGAGUUACAACAUCUCUGCAUUCCUCAUCUGAAUGUUGUUCAGGAAACUGGAGAAAUAAUAUUUGUUCCUAGUGGUUGGUAUCACCAAGUACAUAAUUUGGAAGACACUAUUUCAAUAAAUCAUAAUUGGUUCAAUGGUUGUAAUAUACUUCAUAUUUGGGACUGUCUACAUUUAGCUGCCACAGAUGUAGAAAAAGAAAUAUCAGACUGCAGAAUUUAUGAUGACUGGCAAGAGCAGUGGCAGAUGCUUUUGAAAGUACAUCAUGGAAUGAAUUAUGCUAGUUUCCUGCAAGUUCUGGAAAGCAUUUUAAGCUCAAGAUUAACACAGCUGAAAACAGAGGAUCUGACAUCAAUAAACUGGCAUCAUGUAUUUGAUAUUGUAUCUGUAAGAAAUGUUUGUUUGAAAAUGCGUACUGUAGAACUUCCUCUUGAGGUAAAAGAACAAGUUCAUGUACUAGAAUCUAAAAUAAAAAGUUUUCUUACUGAAUGUUCAGAACAAGGGAACUUUGAACAACAAAAUGUAUUUAAUAACUUAUAAUAAAUAUUGAAUUAAAAAAUAUAACUUUAAAUUAUUUUUGAAAUAUUUAAUAAAAUGAUGAGUUAUUAGUGGCAAAGUCAUACUUUCCUAACAUCAGCUCUGUCAGCAUGGCCAAAUAUAGGGAUAUUGAGAAGCAAAUGAGCAAUAAGAACACACUUGAGAAUUGGUAAAUUUUUUAAAUAUUCCCCCAGAAUGUCUUAUUGGAAUCACUUACUUCCUUUCUAUAUAUUAGGCAUGAUCAAGCAGUUAAUUUGUUGUACAUUGAUAGUUCAACCCAGAGUCAAAUCUUAACAUAUGGUUAGGUUGCAUGAGUGUUUUUAUGGUUUUUCCUGCAUUCAAGGUAAAUAUGAGCCAGUUUUCCAUAGUAAGCACAAAGGUUAAGCAUAUAACCCUCAUAUUCUUUGCCAUAAUCAAAUUAAAUAUGUAAUGAGUCAUCUGGAAAGCUCUCUUUUUUUUCUUAUAUAUAAAUAUAUAUAGAAAUAAUUUAUUUACUAAAUAAAUAUUGAUUAUAUUAUCUCCUAAG